GGGAGAGCUCUUUAAAUAUGGAAAGGAGGCGCGGAGGCAGAAGUGCCGUUAAGGGCGAACAGGCAGGAAAGGCGGUCCUCCCUUUUUGAAACUGUCCCGAGAGUCUGAGUUAUGACUGACAGGGAGUCUGAUCUCUCCGCAGUCUGUAGAAGCAGUGAAACCCCGUUAGGUCCAGACACACAGAAUACUAGCAGGUCGAACUGAGUAAACUUCUCCGGAGUGUCCGGAUCCUCCGCUGGAUUCGAGCUCCGGUCUCCGCGAAAUUUCGACACACACCAGAGAGAGCGCGUUUCUUCACACUGACAGGACGGCUUGUGUUACGCUGAGACACCAUUACGCACUUGAGCAGAUCGGGAAGAGGGAGGACACCCGAAAUGAGCCAUAAAAACAAGGUGGACGAUGAGGCUGUGGUGGACAGAGGUGCCUCGUAUGUCAAACACUGUGACAAGGAGGAGCUUGAGAGCCAUCACACAGUGUACAUCGGUGUCCACGUGCCCAAGAGUUACCGUCGCCGACGGAGACACAGAAGACGUUCAGGUCACAAAGAAAAGAAGGAACGAUUAAACGAAGGAGUUGGCGACAAAUCGGAUACUGAAAAUGUGGAUGACUCCGCCUCCUGCAUCCUCAAGCCUCUCAUCUCUCCGGCGGCCGAACGCAUCCGCUUCAUUCUGGGGGAAGAGGAAAGUGGACCUCCGCCUCCACAGUUAUUCACUGAACUUGAUGAGCUGCUAACUACUGAUGCCAACGAGGUUGAGUGGAAGGAGACGGCCAGGUGGAUCAAGUUCGAGGAGAAGGUGGAAGAGGGUGGAGAGAGGUGGAGUAAGCCUCAUGUCGCCACUCUGUAUCUGCACUCACUGUUCGAGCUGAAGAAGUGCAUAGAGAAGGGCACUGUCAGGCUUGACAUGGAGGCCAACUCACUGCAGCAGAUUGUUGACAUGAUCACGGACACUCAGAUAGAGACGGGGCUGUUGAAGGCCGAGUUGAAGGAGAAGGUUACGUUCACGCUACUGCGUAAACACCGCCAUCAGACCAAGAAGUCCAACCUGCGCUCGUUGGCUGACAUCGGACGAACUGUAUCGAGUGCAAGUAGGCUGUUUUCAAACCAAGAGAAUGUACGUAGUUCUGUUGACCACUCUGUGCCACGCUUUAGCGUCUCUGAAAUUGAAGGCCGAAUACAGAUGCAGAGAAGCAACAGCACGGGUCUGCUCUGUAGUCAAACUACAAUGCCCCACAACUUGACCUCCAGCAGCCUUAAUGACCUCUGCGACAAGCCUGAGAAGGACCAGUUGAAUAAUAAGUUCAUGAAGAAGAUCCCGCGGGAUGCGGAGGCAGCUAACAUUCUGGUGGGUGAAGUGGACUUCCUUGAUGCUCCUUUUGUGGCCUUUGUGCGGCUCCAGCAGGCCGUCAUACUUGCAGGGAUCACUGAAGUCCCUGUGCCUACACGAUUUCUGUUUGUUCUCUUGGGACCCAAAGGAAAAGGCAGAUCAUACCACGAGAUCGGUCGAGCCAUUGGUACCUUAAUGUCAGAUGAGGUGUUUCAUGACGUUGUAUACAAGGCCAAAGAUCGGGGUGACUUACUGGCUGGCAUCGAGGAAUUCCUUGACGAGGUCAUUGUGCUACCCCCAGGAGAGUGGGACCCUGAUAUCCGGAUUGAGCCCCCCAAAACCCUUCCGUCCUCAGACAAACGUAAGAACAACCUAGCAGGAGAUGGAUCCAAGCUUAAUGGUGAUGCUCCCACUGAAGGUGGUGCGGGAGGAGGUGGUGGAGGUCACCAUGUUGGAGACGAGCUCAAGUUCACUGGCAAGUUUUGUGGCGGUCUGAUUCUGGAUGUUAAGCGAAAGCUGCCUUUCUUUGCGAGCGAUUUUUAUGAUGCCGUGAACAUCCAGGCUCUGUCUGCUACUCUGUUUAUUUACCUGGGUACCGUAACAAAUGCCAUCACCUUUGGCGGCUUGCUUGGAGACGCCACAGAGAACAUGCAGGGUGUGUUAGAGAGUUUUGUGGGAACAGCACUAGCGGGUGCAGUGUUCUGUCUGUUAAGUGGGCAGCCCCUCACCAUCCUCAGCAGUACAGGACCAAUGCUGGUCUUUGAGCGGCUACUAUUCAACUUCAGCAAGGACCACACAUUUGACUACCUGGAAUUCCGGCUGUGGAUUGGUCUGUGGUCAGGGUUCUUGUGUCUGGUGCUGGUGGCGACGGAUGCCAGCUUCCUUGUGCAGUACUUCACACGCUUCACAGAGGAAGGCUUUGCGUCUCUCAUCAGCUUUAUCUUUAUCUAUGAUGCAUUCAAGAAAAUGCUCAAGCUUGCCCAUCACUACCCCAUCGACACCAGUAACCACUGGGACAUGGUCAAUCAGUAUGCCUGCCACUGCAUGCCUCCUGAGGGCAACAAUUCUGUCUCAGAUGAAAAAAUUGAAGCACUGUUCAACUCGACUGGAAAGCAGCACGGGAAUUCUACCUGGUCAUCGGUAACUCGGUCAGAGUGUUUGGAGUGGGGCGGAGUUCUGCAAGGAGGAUCCUGUGGCUUUGUUCCUGACAUCACACUGAUGUCAUUUAUCCUGUUCAUGGGCACCUACACCUGUUCCAUGGCCUUAAAGAAGUUUAAAACCAGCAGAUUCUUCCCCACUAUGGUGCGUAAGCUGAUCAGUGACUUUGCCAUCAUUCUGGCCAUUCUGAUCUUCUGUGGGAUUGAUGCACUGGUUGGUGUGGACACACCAAAACUAGAAGUGCCAAGUGAAUUUAAGCCUACAAGUCCAAACCGUGGCUGGUUUGUGCCCCCUUUUGGCAGAAACCCCUGGUGGGUGUACCUGGCUUCCUUCCUCCCCGCACUCCUAGUCACCAUCCUCAUCUUUAUGGACCAGCAGAUCACUGCUGUCAUCGUCAACAGGAAGGAGCACAGACUCAAGAAAGGUGCCGGCUACCAUUUGGACCUGUUCUGGGUGGCUGUAUUGAUCAUUGUGUGCUCAUUCAUGGGCCUCCCGUGGUACGUAGCCGCCACCGUCAUCUCCAUCGCCCACAUUGACUCACUUAGGAUGGAGACCGAGACAUCAGCACCAGGCGAACAGCCCAAAUUCCUCGGAGUCAGGGAACAGAGAGUAACUGGACUGUGUGUCUUCCUCCUAACUGGCCUAUCAGUCUUCAUGGCACCUGUUCUUAAGUUCAUCCCCAUGCCAGUGCUCUAUGGUGUCUUCCUCUAUAUGGGAGUUGCAUCGCUAAAUGGAGUGCAGUUCAUGGAUCGCUUGAAACUGUUUCUGAUGCCAGCGAAACACCAGCCAGAUCUGAUCUACUUACGCCAUGUCCCCCUCCGUCGAGUUCACCUGUUCACCUUCAUCCAGAUCCUUUGUCUCGCCCUGCUUUGGAUCCUGAAGUCCACUGUGGCAGCCAUAAUCUUCCCAGUCAUGAUUUUGGCCCUGGUGGCUGUGAGGAAGGCGAUGGAUUACAUUUUCUCUCAGCAUGAUCUCGGCUACCUGGAUGACGUAAUGCCAGAGAAAGACAAGAAGAAGAAAGAGGAUGAGAAAAAGAAGAAAAAGAAGAAGGGCAGCAUUGACAGUGACAUAAACUACUCAGACUGUCCAGCCAAUGAAAAUAUUCCCAGUAUAAAGAUAUCCAUGGAGACGAUGGAGGAAGAGCAAAUGAGGGGAGAGAAACCCUCAGAGAGAAAUAAGCCCAUGUCAUUCCUCACUCCAUACUGACUCACUGGGCUUCUGUCCAUCCCAGCCUGUGUCAAGCCAAGCCUAUUUAAGAAGUCUGUACCUCUAAACAGAGCUGAUGUGGACCCCAAACUCAGCAGAUAUCUCUGGAAAUCUCAGGCGGAUGAAACAACCCUUUAGCCCUCAUCCUCUGUCCACUAGCUUUAACUCUAGAUGUCUACGAAUACAAUUGUACUAUGGGAUAUAGCUUAGUUAUCUCAUUGAAUAGAAUUAUAUGUACAGUCGUGCUCAUAAAUUUACAUACCCCUUGCAGAAUCUGAAAAAUGUUAAUUUUUUUAAAUAAGAGGGAGCAUAAAAAUGGCAUUUUGUUUAUUUAGUACCGUCCUGAAGAAAAAAUUUCACAUAACAGAUGUUUACAUAUAUAACACAAGACUUAAUAAUAAUAAUAACUGAAUAUACACAAAUCAGCAUUUAAUUUGUGUACAUUCAGUUAUUAUUUACUUUUUAACGGGAUGAUCUUUGUAAAUUAUUUUGUUUAAGGCUCUUUUUUUUUAUCAUUUAGUACUGUCCCUGAGAAGCUACAUAAGAUAUUUACAUUUUCCCCAGAAGACAAAAUAAUAACCAUUUAAAGAUAAUCCUGUUCAAAGGUUUACACCCCCCUGACUCUUAAUGUAUUGUCGUGCCUUCUUGAGCACCAGUGAAUGUUUGCACCUCUCGUAAUAAUUUUGUAUGAGUUGUCGUCAGUGUGAAAAGAUUUAUCUCACAAUCAUAUUGUUACUGUUGGAAAGUUCAAAUAUGCAGAAAAUGCUUCAAAGGUAAAGAAUGUGCAGGAUUUUUCUGAAGAACAGUGGGCCGUUUAACUGCUCGGGACAAACAAGGGACUCGUGAACAACUCUCACAAAACAUAAACACGCUCAUCGAUCAUCCAGGUAACGACACGCAGUAUUAAGAAUCAAGGGUAUGUAAACUUUUGAACAGGGUAAUUUGUGUAAGUUCAGUCAGUGUUGUGUCUUGUGGACUAUAUGUAAACAUCUGUUAUGUGAAAUAACUUCUUCAGGGCAGGACUAAAUAAACAACAACAUGCAUUUUUUUUUGACCCCUCUUAUUUAAAAUAAAUAAAUAAAUAAUGAACAUUUUGCAGAUUCUGCAAGGGGUGUGUAAAUUUAUGAGCACAACUCUAAAAUAUAUGAAAAUGGAUACAUAUUGUACAUGCUUGGCAGGAAGGUGCCACUUUGAUCUGAACAGAAUGUAAAAUUUCGAAACUUAAACCAUUGCACUCUCAUCUUUAACUUCGUGACUGUAUCUUAUCUGAACCUUUUUGUCCGUUAGAUUUUAAUCAGUAUCGUUAACUCACUAAUACAAAGAGUAUGAGGAAAUGAAAUGCUAUUACUGGACUUAAAACCCACUGUGACUGUAAGAAGGAAAUAUUUUGUAAUCUAGAUCAAACACUUCUCUAAAUAUAUGAACAAUAUUGUAGAUGUUUAAAAAUAAAUGAUUUACAGAUUAAGGCUUGACAUGAGUAACACUGUGUAGUUUUGCAGAGUGGUAUAUUCAUACAAAGCAAAGCAAAGAUUUGAGUCUUUAAUAUGAAAAUUUUACCUAAUAUUAUGUAAUAUCUUUUUCUCAGUUAAUGAGUCUUAAAUUUGUGCAGAAUCUGUCUUUUAGCCAUAAAAGGUCAUCUAAAUGAGCAAAUUAGAUCAAAUAUUUUAAUAAACAAAUAUUAUAAAUAAUAGAAAGAAGCAUCAGUUCUGAAACCAAAAUAUGUUUCACUAUCUUAUCUGUUUUUCUGAAGCAAUGCUGCACACGUAUACUUUACUGAUGACUUCAUAUUAUUACAUUUAACCUUGAAUCAUAGCUCUACCUCUUAGAAUGCUGUAGUGCCAGGCACUGUGAGUUUAUUCUACGCAGAUAUGGAGUGAUUGUGAUAAAAGCUUUGUUCUCCUAAGAGUGGGCACAACUGAGAUUGCUGUAAUCAUUUUAUUACAAAUUAUAAUAAUCUUCCAUAAAGUAUGCAAAACAUUCUAAGUACAUGUCAGAUUUGUCUUGAGGAGAUUAAAAUGUGAUUUUAUUAAAUGUACUUUCAGAAUAAUCUGUGCAAAUAUAUUUUUAUUGUACUUCAUUUAAAAAAAAAAACAAAAACAAAGUCAUGAUUUAGCUAGUAUAUAGGGCUUUUUUUUUUAUAUACAUAUGUUUUUCAAUGUGUAUUUAUAUCAGCAAUGGACAAUAAAUAGAAAUCGUUUAAAAUAUCAUUUCAAAUUAAUUUAUUAAUUCAACUCAAAAUUGCUGAGUAAAUUCUAAAGACUGUUCCUCAGCUUCCGAAAUACUCAAACCAGCCUGUCCGGCACCACAACCAUGACAUGGUCAGAAUCCCUGAGAUCAUGUUUGACGUGAACAUUAUCUGAAGCUCUUGUAUCUGUGUAUCUGCUGCUUUCAUGCCUCGUGCUGCUGCCACAUGACUGCCUGAUUGGAGAAUAGUAUGAAUGAGCAGGUGCACACUUGUUCCUAUUAAAGUGGCCAGUCCAUAAUAUAUAACUCAACAUUGGUAAUUAAUGCCUUUUUAUCCAUUAAAUCUCAAUCAGUAUCAGUAACUCAUUCACAGAGGUACAGCAUGAGAAGAUGCGACACUAUUCAAACAGACAGCAACACUACUGUGUUUGAGCAGUUUCGGUCAGGUGUGAGUCAGAAGCUUUGGGUCAGGAUUUAUGGAGUCUUUUGCGUCUGUAUUAGCAUUCUCCCGGUAGAUUUGCGAAGUGUGGAUCCAUGGCCGCUUUUUUGGCUAAUAUUGUCCACAAGGUGUAUUGUGGACAAUAUAUGUGGACAAUUGUGGAGGAGUAUUGUGACGGUUCCUUGUUGACAGUUUAGAGAUGUGUAAAUUAAAUGUGGGAAAAGAAGUGAAGGGAAUGGUGGAUAAAAUGAUAUAGAAUAAAUUAUUUAAGGAGUAAUAAAUGAAGAAAAGCUGAAAUGCAAGGAGGAGUUUGUGAAUGGAGACAGUGUGCGUAACUAGGCAACAGCGUUGUCUUCUGUGACAUGAUGUUAGUAUGUCCCAGUGUUGCAGUCUACGCACUCAAUAGUAUGUACACCUUUUGUGAAUAAUAUAAGAAAGUGAAUUGGGAUGCAGCAAAACUCUCUUAAAUAUUUCUGAGUCUUUAUUUGCUCAUUUCUGUGUUUUUAUUUUUAUUUUUAUUUUUUUAAAUAUAUAUUGUGGCAUUAUUCUGGCUAUUUAAAAUGAGUUCAAUUGCCUAAAAGAGCUACAUGUAAAAAUUAGCAGCACUCUCCUGCGCACUGUAUAAUAGAUCAAUGAUAAUUAUUAAUUGAUUUAUAAUCAGAGGGUAUGUUUUAUGAAUCAUUUUAAAGAUGUAUAUUACAAUCAGUUGCUGUGUGAUUUGUGUAUGUCUUACCUACACAAUAAGUCAUUAUGGCUUUAUAAGGAUGCUUACACUACAUAUGAUGUGCUACUUUGUAUUUUCAACAAGAAAUGAAACAUGGAAAAUAAAGGACCUUUGAACAUUG